UUUUCUUUGCAUGUGAAGGGGUGAGAGAGGGGGGGACUGAGUGGGAGAAGGGGAGCAAUGCCGAUCGUGUCCGAGUGCGGGCGACGGGGCGGCGGCGGCGGCGGCGGCGGCUGCUCCAGCUUCGGCCAUCGGGGCCAGUGCAGCGCGCCGGCGACAAGCUACGGGUCGUUGUCGUCAGCGCGGCGGGGAAGUGACAGCAGAGCGGGGGUGCUGCAGUGCGGUGAGGUGGAGAGCGAUGAGGAGGUGCAGAGCUCGUACAAGGGGCCCUUCGACACCAUGGACGCGCUCCAGGACGCACUGCCAAACAAAAGGAAAGGAGUAUUCAAGUUGUACAAUGGCAAAACGAAUUCUGUGGCAGAUGCUGCUCAACCGUCAAAAGGCAUUGCUAAUCCUGUGAAUCCAUCCCCUAAGAAGCGUAAGGGUUUUCUUCCAUUCGGUUUCAGCUGGACCAAGCCUUGGAGCAAAGGGUCAAGGAGCAGACGUGGUGCAACCAGCAGCUCAAAGAACUUCAGGAAGACGCUGUCUGCAGCUCUUACAGGCAGCAGUAGGGAUGGUGGCAACGAGCACCAGGACAACCAAGAACCUGCUCGCCAUUGCCUGCGUCUGCAUAGGAGGCCCAACACACCUGCCGUCUCUGCUUCCCCACCUGGAGCUGGUACCCUUCGGUCUCAGGUGAUCUCAGUGCAGAUGCGGUCUGUCUCAGUGGCUGGUGUGGAGGACGUGGCGGAGUCGAACAGCGCCUCAGUGCAGAAGCGCAGGAAGAGCUUGCAGUAGUCACGGUCUCGUCUGUCCAGUUGCUCCACCCACUGGUGCCUGCUUUCAGACGGCGGAAUCCAGUUGCCGGUGCUCCCAGAUUCAGUGCGAUGGAUGCUUUGUAAUGUUAAGGUUGAAGCUGCAAUUGUGUAUAGUGGUGCUAACUGCUAGGUUUCUUAAUUACCCUUUAUAUAUUAUACAUAUAUAGAAUUAUGGACUAAUAAUAGAUAUGCUGAACUUGGGAAAGUGAUGCGUGA